AUGGCAACAACAAUUCCUGCAAGUCGCCGUCGGGCAGAAUCGCUCCGAACAGAGCCACAGUCCUUCCGGAUCCACGAGGAUGUCCCUUCCACCGAGGACACGGAGAUGAAUGAGAGCGCGCCGCAGGUCAACGACGACGUAGAACAAGAAACCGAGCUCUUGGAAGAAGAUGGCCAGGAGUCCGAGUACUCGGAGAGUUCAGAAGACGAGGCCCCAGCCGAUGGCCACUUCCAACAAGACAUGGAAAGGCUACAGGAUUCCUUUGCUGGUUUUCGGCAGAAAUACCGUCUGAUCAAACGAAUUGGUGAAGGUACCUUUUCCACCGUCUACAAAGCCGAGGAUUUAGUGUACGACAAACACGACAAUUCGUGGGAUAUGGACAAGGAAUUAGACAAGUGGACGCCGCCGCCGCUUCGGAACCAUACGAGCCAGUCCGAAGUACUCGAUUAUACGUCGCAAUCACAGCGCCGCCGCAAGCCGAAAUACGUUGCUAUCAAGAAGAUAUACGUCACGUCCUCUCCGAACCGCAUCCUCAACGAGCUCGAGUUACUACACGAUCUUCGGGGCUGCCAAUCGGUGUGUCCCCUGAUCACGGCCUUUCGUUCGACAGACCAGGUUGUGGCCAUCCUCCCCUAUUUCCGGCACGCGGACUUUCGCGACUAUUUCCGCGAAAUGACAAUACCAGACAUGGCCAUCUACCUGCGGUCCCUUUUUACCGCGUUGGCAAGCGUGCACCAGCACAAUAUCCUCCACCGCGACAUCAAACCGACAAACUUCCUCUACGACCCUGAUUCGCGCCGAGGUGUCCUUGUCGACUUCGGUCUGGCUGAGCGCGAAGGCGCUGAUGGCGGUAAACACUGCCUCUGCCACGACGACUCGGCUACUCGAAAGGCGAGGCUGCAGCCGCUGUUCAGUGCUGAACCAAAGGAAGGGUACGCCCGGGAAGACACACGCCCCUCAAGGCGGGCUAAUCGUGCCGGGACCCGCGGAUUCCGGGCGCCCGAAGUCCUCUUCAAAUGCACGGAACAAACCACCAAGAUAGACAUAUGGAGUGCCGGCGUGAUCCUCCUCACCAUUCUAUCUCGGCGUUUUCCCUUCUUCAACUCGGCCGACGACGUCGAAGCCAUGAUCGAAAUUGCCACAAUUUUUGGGAACAAGCGCAUGCAAGGCGCUGCGUUAUUACACGGGUGUAUGAUGGAGACGACGAUCCCCACGAUCGGUAGGUCUGGGUACAGUUUGGAGGGCAUCAUUCUAUGGAGUACCGGCCGGAGUGAUAAAGUCAAGAUCAGCGAAGAUGAGAAGCUGGCGAUUAAGUUUCUCUCGCGAUGCAUGGAAUUGGACCCAACCAGGCGGAUCAGCGCCGCGGACGCGCUACAACAUGACUUCCUCCGCAUGGGCCUUGACGAAUCCGCCGAGGAAGCGAGCGACGAAGAUGACGAUGAGAUGGACAUGUUGAAGGUUUGA